AUGUUGAUUAAAUUGUUAUUAUUAUUUUUAUUUCUAAUUGAAAUAUUAUCUUUUAUUAAUUGUUCACCAUGUUCAUUAACUUGUAUUAAUCAAACAGAAACUCAUAUUAAAUCUCCACCAAUCUAUAUAAAUGAUACAAUAAAUGAUGUAUUAAUAUUAUUUCAAAUAAAUUGUACUAGUAAUGAUAGUAUUAUUUAUGCAAAUGUAUCAAUUGAAAUCGAUAAUAAACGUUCAAUUGAAAUAAAAACAAAAUUACCAUUAGAUUUAAUUAAAUUUAAUGAUAAAUUUCAAAAUUUAACAUUUAAUUUAACAAUUCAUGGAAAUCUACUUGGUUAUAGUCAAUUAAAAUUAUAUGUUGAAUAUUUAAAUGAAAUAAAACAAAUAUAUAAUUAUACAAAUAAUAUUGAAAUUGAUAUUGCUGUUAAAAGAAAAACAACAAUUCUUGAUACAAUAUUUACAAUUAUUAUUAUUAUACUUGUUUGUAUUGGAACAUUUUUAAUUGGUUGUCGACUUGUUCCACAAAAUCUUUAUACUAAUAUUCGACAACCUAUUCCUAUACUUAUUGGACUUUUAAGUCAAUUUUUAUGUUUACCUUUAUUAUCAUAUGGUUUAUGUAAAAUAGCUAAACUUGAUUCAUCAACAUCAAUUGGUUUAUUAUCAACAGGAUCAUCACCAGGUGGUGGUGCAUCAAAUAUGUAUACAGCUAUGUUUGGUGGAGAUGUUGCUUUAUCAGCUUCAAUGACAUUUGCUAGUACUAUACUUGCUUUUGGUACAUUUCCUGUAUGGAUACUUUUAUUGGCAAGAGAAUUUAUUGAUACACAUAAUGUUCAUUUUCCAUGGGAAAAUAUGUUUGUUACACUUAUGUCUCUUGUUAUACCAGCUAGUUUUGGUUUAUUAAUUCGUUCUAUAAAACCAUCAAUAGCUGAUCGUUUUACAAAAUAUCUUCGAUUUUUAACAAUAAUAUUUAUAUUAUAUAUAUUAACAUUUGGAGUUUAUACUAAUCUUUAUGUAUUUAAAUUAAUUGAUUAUAAAACAAUUAUUGUAAGUGCUAUUUUACCUUAUUCUGGUUUUAUUAUUGGAUUAAUAAUGUCAUUAAUAACAAAACAAAAUAUUCAACGUCUUAUUGCUAUUUCAAUUGAAAGUGGUUUACAAAAUACAGGUGUAUCAAUAUUUUUUCUUCGUUUAUCACUUCCUGAACCUGAUCGUGAUUUAGCUAUUAUUGUACCAAUAUUUGUAGCAAUAGCAAUUCCAAUUCCACUUUUAAUUAUCUAUAUAUGUAUGAUUAUUAAUCGAUCUAUUCAAAAACGAUAUGGAAAUAAUACAUUAAUAACAAAUAUAAAUAAUGAACCUGAUAGAUCAGACUAUGAAGCAAUACCUAAUAGUGACAAUGAGCAAUAA